AGAGUGCUUUUUAAAAUUAUUUCAUUUCCCAAAACCACCCCCUAAAAUGGCACCAACACCACCAUUCUUCUUCACUCUCCUCCUCUCCACCGCCACUACCGGCAGCAGCAAAAUUCUCUCCCUCUCCCCCAUCUCCAUUCCCCACUCCCACUUCCUUUCCGUCUUCUUCUUCAUCACCCUCCACGCUUGACCCAAAGCUGCUGAGAGCCCUGCAGUCCCUCAAAUCCUGACCUCCAAGGACCCCUGCCAAUUAGUGCCAAACAAAGAACAACGCCACCCUUUGCGAUUCCCCAAGACCUUUCACCACCUAGGCUUGAGAUAACAGACGCUCGAUAGUAAUUGGAGGAUCAUUUUUCUUUUUUCAACUAUCUAUUUUCCUCACUGCCCUCAAGUCCCUCUCCUCCCUCCUCCCUCCACUCCCUCUGUUUCCUCAACUGCCCCCAUCUCCCCCAUUCUCUUCCCUUCCAAACUCUCCUCCUCUCUCUCUGAUCCUCCACCUGCAUCCACUCCCUCAAAACACUCUGGGUUUCCGGUGUUAAAAAAAUCCAUCCGUAUUGUUCCUUUGUGUUUUUCUUUCGUCCAUGUUGACGUAUCUGUCUUUUAUUGGAAGGCAGAAAAGAUUGGUUUGUGCAACUUCCGUAUAGAAGUCGUUGUCUCUCCCAAAUUGACAACCAGCUCUGUCUCACAAUGGGAAAGCCAAAGAACACCCAAAUCCAAAAUCCCUCGUCUUCCUCCAAAAUCCAACUCCCUCCCCGGAAAACCCGAAAACUGCCUUCCAACACCCGAAAACCCCUGAAGCCAGUGGUCCCCAAUACAGACUCCUCCAAACCCAGCGAAGCAAACCCAUCUCAGCCCACUAUCAUUUUGCCCACAGCCGUGAAGCCACUAACAUUUGAAGGCGAAGUUGACGCUGCUCUUACCCAUUUACGCACCUCCGAUCCACUCCUCACGACCCUUAUCGACUCGUAUCGGCCUCCGGUUUUCGAGUCUCAAUGCCCACCAUUCUUGGCCCUCGCAAAAAGCAUUCUCUACCAGCAACUCGCGACCAACGCCGCGAAAUCAAUCUACACGCGCUUCGUCGCGCUAUGCGGCAGCGAGGCCGAUGUUGUCCCCGACAGCGUGCUCGCUCUCAACCCCGUCCAGCUCCGAAAAAUCGGAGUCUCCGGUCGGAAGGCGAGCUACCUCCACGACUUGGCGGACAAGUACAAGAGUGGGGUUUUAUCGGACUCCUCGAUUCUCGAAAUGAACGAUGAGUCCCUGCUCACGAAGCUCACGUUGGUUAAGGGAAUUGGGGCUUGGUCGGUGCACAUGUUCAUGAUCUUCUCGCUGCGCAGACCGGAUGUUCUACCGGUGGGAGACCUUGGCGUGAGGAAAGGCGUGCAGCUUUUGUAUGGGCUAAAGGUAUUGCCACGGCCUUUGGAGAUGGAGGAGAUUUGUGAGAAGUGGAAGCCUUAUAGGUCUGUUGGGUCGUGGUAUAUGUGGAGGUUUAUGGAAGCCAAAGGGGUCACAUCUACGUCUACGGUUGCAUCAGCCCCGUUGGUGGAUGGUAAGCCCAAUCCACCAUGAAUUUAUUCUACAAAAUCUUGAGCUUUCCUAUCAUAAAUAAUAGGGAAAUGAUUUUUCUAAGUCACAUUAUCUAAUAUCAAUAGUCUACGUCAAGACACAUGGGUGUGGAACUAGUGCAUGUAGAUUUCAUAUAUGUGGGUCCUAUAUAUAUGGAGCCCACACCCAAUGUGUCUUGGUGUAGGAUUGAUGUAGGAUAAUGUGACGUAAGCUUAUGGCAUUUGCAAGAGAAUUGAUGUAGGACAAUGUGACGUAGGCUUAUGGCAUUUGCAAGUAUUUAUACAUGGUAUGUUCUUUUACUGAAUGGGAAUUUGUGUUUCUUACUCUAUAUUGUUGAAAGGUAGUAUUUACUUCUACCAUUUAGAAAAUAGUGAAAUAGUAGAAAUCCUUUUGAA